AUGAGUUCGUCAACAUUUUCUCAAAUAAGACAACAAAUAAUUAAUUAUGAAAAAGGAACUGAAUCUACACUAUCUAAAUAUUCACAAAUUGAUCCAAUAGAUGAUGAAACUGAAACAACCACCAAGAUUGAAGAAUUAUUGGAAAAAAGGGAAGGGCUUAUAUCUAAAUUGAAUCGAAUUCAUGAAACUGAUCCGAGUUUAUCAACUUCAAAACUUCAACAAUUAAGUCGACAUAAAGAAAUAUUAAAUGAUCAUAAAUUACAAUAUGUUAAAAUAACAGAUAAAUUAAAUGAGGAAAGAAAUAAAAAUAAUUUAUUAAAUAAUAUUCAUUCAGAUUUAAAUAAACGAAGAGAAAGAGAACGAGAAAUUAAUGGUAAUGAUUAUAUUAAUGAAGAAUCUCAACGAGUUGAUUCUUUAAAUAGCUUUGCUGAUCGAUUAUUAAAUAAUGCUUAUUUAACUAGAGAUGAAUUAUUAAAUCAACGACAAUUUUUAAAUAAUGCUUCUAAUUCCAUGUUGAGUAUGUUGCAACAAGUACCUGGGCUAAAUGUAUUAAUAUCUAAGAUAAAUUCAAGAAGGAAAAGAGAUACAUUGAUUAUUGCGACGGUGAUUAGUAUUUGUAUUGUUUUGUUAUUUUUUGUCUAA